AGGCUAGAUAAUUUCUUGAUAUAUUAACUACGCUAACAGCACGCCAUCUGAAACGCAGUAAAUGAUGCAUUUCUCUCGCGCUUUGGAUGUAACACUACAGUGAAUUUUUCGCCUGGGCCCGAAAGAUGAAGCUAACGCCUCGAGAACUAGAUGCAUUACUUGUACACCAAGCUGGAUAUCUGGCACAAAAAAGGUUAGCCAGAGGAUGCCAACUGAACCACCCUGAGGCAGUUGCUCUAAUAUCCUGCCAAAUCCAAGAAUUUGCUAGAAAUGGUGACAGUGUAGCGGAAUUGAUGUGUAAAGGUCGACAGUUAUUAGGAAGGAAGCAAGUGAUGAAUGGUAUUGGUGAGAUGAUUCACGAAAUAGGGGUAGAGGCUACCUUCCCAGACGGAACAAAAUUGGUUACCCUAUCACAUCCAGUUUGCCGUGAACAUGGUAAUCUUACUUUGGCGUUGUAUGGAAGUUUUCUACCUGUUCCAGAUACAAGCAUAUUCGUUACGAAGGAAGACCUGAAUGAAGAUCCAAGAAUGAAACGCAGCCCUCCAGGCAGCAUAUACCCAAAGAAGGAUGAACCUGUUAUUUACAUCAAUAAAGGCAAAAAACGAACUGCUUUAGAAGUAGUCAGUGUAUGCGACAGACCAAUACAGAUAGGAAGUCACUACAAUUUUAUUGAAGCAAAUAAGCAUCUCGUGUUUGACAGAGCUCAAUCAUAUGGAAUGAGACUGGAUAUUCCAGCAGGAAAUGCUGUGAGGUUCGAGCCUGGAGAAGUGAGACAAGUUACACUAGUUGAAAUUGGUGGCAAUAAGAUUGUCAGAGGAGGCAAUGGUUUAUGUGACGGACUCAUCCAUAAUUGUAAUCUACGAAACGUUAUGCAAAAGAUCGCUGACCAGCAUUUUGGAAACAAAGUUCAGGAAUUCCAGUUGGCAGCAAAACCGUGCAAUAUUUCAAGGUAUAUUUACGCGAAGAACUAUGGUCCAACUGUUGGAGAUAAGGUCCGUCUGGGUGACACAAGUUUGGUGAUAGAGAUAGAAAAGGAUUUUACUGAGUAUGGAAACGAAUGUAAAUUUGGAGGCGGAAAGGUACUACGUGAUGGCUUGGGUCAAGCCGCUCAGAAGAAAAGCUGUGAUGUUUUGGAUACGGUCAUCACAAACUGCGUCACUGUAGAUGCUAUGCAGGGCAUUGUAAAAGCAGACGUCGGAAUAAAGGACGGUAAAAUAGCAGCCAUUGGAAAAGCUGGAAAUCCCGACGUCAUGGAUAGAAUUACUCCCGGAAUGAUUGUAGGAGUGGCCACAGAAGUUAUAUCUGCAGAAGGCUUAAUUCUCACAGCUGGGGGAAUUGACAGCCAUGUGCAUUAUAUAUGUCCUCAACUGGUGAAAGAUGCGAUAUCUUCUGGUCUCACGACUCUUCUUGGUGGAGGUGUUGGUCCUGCUACGGGCAGUCGCGCCACUACAUGUACACCUGGACCACAUCAUAUAAGAACUAUGAUUGAAAGUACUGAUUGCUUUCCAAUGAAUUUCGGAUUUACAGGAAAAGGGAGCACAUCCGAAAGCGAUAAUCUGUCGGCUGCUUUGGUGGAGCAAAUAGAAGCAGGAGCUAUUGGGUAAAAUCCGUUAUGAAGGCUAAAGAUUCAUGAAGACUGGGGAGCUACUCCUGCAGUUAUUGACACCGCUCUUAGAGUUGCAGAAGAGUAUGACAUUCAAGUAAAGUAUAUUCUUGCACUGACUAUGCUUUAAACGAAAUAGCUCAAGAGGUUGUUAUUUUGAAUUUUUCACUUAAAUCUUAUUAAAGUGGGUUUAGGUCUUAAAAAUAAUGCUUUAUACAAUCUAUGCAGGAAAUGUUUUAAAAUACUCAGAAAAAAUAUACAAUUCCAUUAUAAAAUAAAUAACUUGAAAGUCAAGAGCUUGAAAAAUUUAACCAUUAUAAUGUUUUAUGAAAAGAAGUUACGUCUAAAUUCGUAAAACCGUUCUUGAUCCA